UUAGGGGAAGGGCUUGAUGAUUGACCCAAACUUGGGUAUCCGUGUGGCAGCAUUGAAGGAUUACCGUAUGCAUGUGUGUGGGUUGUGAUGUUUGUUCUGGAUGGAAGACCUCAUCCAAGUGAAAGUUUAUGUUCUUUGUACUAAUAAGAUGGUGAUCAGUGUACUCUUUAUACUGGGAAUGAACACAGAGUUGCCUGCAUUAAAGAAAAUGCCUUUCCUCCACGUUUAUGUAAAAUAAUUGGGUUUUCUGCACACUGAACAAUUUUCCUGGGAUUUCUAUUUCUUAGCUUUUACACAAGCACACACAAAGGGUUUAUUUGUCCUGAGAUUAGUAAAACCUCUUAGUACAACAUAAGUUCUGAAUAGUGCAGCUUUCUUUGGGCAUGUAAGAUUAGUACGCUUUUUAGAUUUGCCCAUUGUUAUUAAUUUGCCAGUAACAGGAUGGAAAGACGCGGCACUGAGCGCUUGGAUCUAGAUUUUCUAUCCUUGCCCCCAUACAGUGCAGAGGACCGUUCACGCUCAGACAGCCUGAGCAGUACUGGCUCGUGUGGUAGGUUCGUGCUGCGUCAGAGAGUGGCGCAGCUUAUGACCUGCAUGGAAGAUGUAAGCUCCGAUGAUGACCUACACGAAGAGCUCUGCCGAUCUAUUGACCAAGCUUUUCUAAUCUGUGGAAAAAAGAUACCUUCGAGAAUGCAGGAUUUCAGGUUGCACGUUGUUACCUGGAAUGUGGGCACAGCAUCACCACCUAGAGAUCUCAGCUCAUUAUUUCUCCUUGAUUCAUCUGCUUCAAAUAUCGAUAUGUAUGUCAUUGGACUGCAAGAAGUGAAUUCAAAGAUAGUAAACUUCCUAUCAGAUCUGGCCUUUGAUGACCCAUGGAGUCUUUUUCUUAUGGACAUUUUGGCCCCUCUAGGUUAUAUAAAGCUUUCUUCCAUUCGGAUGCAGGGGCUGCUACUACUGACCUUUGUAAAGCACAAGCACGUUCCCUUUGUACAAGACAUUCGUACCAAUUACAUUCGCACUGGACUGUAUGGCUACUGGGGUAACAAAGGAGGCGUGACUGCGCGUAUGUCUGUAUACGGACACAUGUUGUGCUUCAUGAACUGCCAUUUGCCUGCACAUAUGGAGAAUACUAACCAAAGGCUGGAUGAUUUUGAGAGGAUGCUGGAGGCCCAGCAGUUUGACGGAGAAAGCAUUGAUGGAAUUUUGGAUCAUGAUUUAGUGUUUUGGUUCGGGGACCUGAACUUUCGAAUUGCCGACUUUGGAAUCCACUUUAUUAGAGAAGUGGUAAACGGUAACCGAUAUAGCUUACUUUGGGAAAAGGAUCAGUUAAAUAUUGCCAAGAAAAAAGAACAGUUUCUACAAGGUUUUAUGGAAGGUCCCUUAAAAUUUAAGCCUACAUACAAGUUUGAUCUGAACUCGGAUGUGUAUGAUACAAGAUGGAAGAAGUCACUGUUUGGAUUUAAUGGGAAAAAGAGAAAACCAGCCUGGACAGAUCGCAUUCUUUGGAAGUUGAAGGAGGUUUCAGAAAGUGAACAAGAAGAAUCUGUUGGCUCUGAAUUUGAGCAUAUCUUAAAAGCUCAUUUAGAAAAAUAUACAAGCCACAUGAGCUACGGUAUCAGUGACCACAAACCAGUAACGGGAACUUUCACUUUGCAGAUGAGGCCUCUUAUCCUUGAACCUCCAGUGACUCUAAGAGCAGAGGGAGAAUGGAAUGCGGACCAUGACUCUCUCAUUAGCUAUUCUGUGAGCAAGGAUUUUCCCAGCAGCACCUGGGAUUGGAUUGGUCUUUAUAGGGUUGGAUUUAGACAUACAAAUGAUUAUGUCACCUAUGCCUGGGUUAAAGAUGAUGAAAUUUCCUUCAGCAAAGACUGUAACCAGGUUUACAUUAGCGCCGAUGAGAUUCCUCUUGAUGGGGGAGAAUUUCUAUUGUGCUACUUCUGUCACAAUUUGCAGUGUUUGGCUGGUAUUAGUGACUCCUUUCAGAUCCAGCCUGGUCGGACCUUACCGGGAAAAGAUGGGUCGCAGGAAAGCACUGAUGAUUCCACCAAGUCAGACAUGUUUAUUGGUUCUGGGUUCUAGGGCUCCAUUGGCAUGUGGAGAGGUCCUGCCAGUAACGCUUGCCUAUUGAGUCCACUUUUGCUUUGUAGCACCAUGGUGCCGUGCCGAAGUGGAGCGAAUGCUUUGCUGUAAUGUCAGCAAAAUAGCAGUUUACAUACUCAGAGGAAACUGUCCCAGAAUGCAUUACUCUAACACUGGAUGAAGUAGAACAUAUUGGACUAGUUUUAGUUUUUAAGAGGAAGAGUUUAUUUUGAGAUUUUUAUUAUUAUUUUAAAUGAUGAAUGCUUGAUGAGUGGACGGUUUAGCCUUAUGCAUCUUUCAGCCUAAAGCCAUAUCCUACAACAAUCAGCACCUGUCUCUUGGAUCAUUGAUAGCUGGAUCACAGCAGUUAAAACCCUAUUUUCCAGAAUUUUCCAGUUUAGUUUACAGUGCAUUUAUGUUUACAAGCAGGCAUCUGGUUCUUACGGUUUACAGAACGUUUUAUCAUGACACCUAUCUGUAAAAUAUUAACUUGUGUAGUCAUAAAAAAAUCUCUGCUCCUCUGUAUUUUAAAUCAGCACGCCUUUUUAGGUAGGUUUUUUUUUUUUUUUUUUAUAUGCAAGGCCUCGUACACACAGCACUGUUGGCAGCAGUGCCAUCAGACUAAAAAACCUAUUUGUUUUAGAACUAGCUGCAAAUUGAAUUUGAGAUAGCGGAAAAUAAUGAUCCUCACAUUACCAUGGCAACACACUACCUACAAAAAUAACAUUGCAGCAAUGUUGCACUGGUACCAUUAAUUCUGAACUCUAGGCAGAUAUGUAAAAAAAACGACCGUUUCAAUUUUGCAGUAAUAAAAAGUCUCUAAAUAUAUUUUUAAAUAUAGCUAGUAUAUAAAUUCUGUCUACAUAUUGGCUCCUGCAAUGAUGUGCGCAGCAGGUUAUAGACUGGGGGAAAGAAGGGGCAGUACUGUGAGCCAGUCAGGUUGUGCUGGAUUGCAUUGCAGUCAAUCUAACAUUGGGAGCUUGUGGACAGGAGUGUCAAUAUAAUCGGUCUACUGAUUCUACUUUGUCCUUUUUUUGUAGGCUUGGAACAGCAAGGGGACUUAGCCAGACAAACACAUAUAGAUUUGUUUUUUCCUUUCAGCCUGAACAAUUAAAAAUAUCUAAGAGAUUCCUCUGUUGAAUCUACUCGGCAUGUAUGAACAAAUCUCCCACUCCGGGACAGCUUCAGUGACAGCGGACUGCCGCCCCCCCCCCCCCCCCUGUCUCUCCCUUCC